ACCGUUCUGUAAACGUUCUUCUUUUUCACACUGUCACACGCUUGGAAAAAGCAGAAACCUUCCUCUCUCUUUCUCUUUCUCUAUCCAUCGUUGUUGAAAAUUCUCCUGUUCUUGUGUGUUACAGAUUUCUGGUAGCUAUUUGUGUUUGGUAUCCAUGGAUUUUUCUUGAAAGCGAAGCGAAGAAUUUCUCUGUCGUCUCUUAUACCCAACGGAGGUGAAUCGUAAUUGACGCGAGAACAGAGAGAAAAGUGAACUCCGACCCCACAAUCUCACAUCCGAUUCUUAUCUUCUGGUCGAUUAUUUUGCGUUUUUCUUUGUUAUAGCUUGCAACGAUGUCCCGAUUAUUCAGUGAUCGGUCACGAGGAAGCUCCCGAAGGCAUGGUUCGAGUUCGAGCUCAGUGAUACACGACACAACAACUAUCACUACUUCCGCCGCCGCGGCCUCCACCAGCGCCGCUACAACCUCAAUAACCAUGCCGGUUUAUCCGAUUGACGAGAUCCCCUCGCCGUUUGGCGAUUUAGGCUUGCAACUGUCGGAGUCGGAGCUCCGAGUAACCGCGUACGAGAUCUUGAUUGGAUCUUGCCGGAGCACCGGCGGUAAACCGUUAACUUAUAUUUCGCAGUCGGAGAAGGGAGUUGAUCGGUCUGCGUCGUUGUCGACGGCGACGUCGCUGCAUCGGUCGAUAACGUCGACGGCUGUGAGCAAAUUUAAGAAGGCGCUAGGGCUGAAAUCAUCAUCAUCGGCGAGGAAGAGGAUAAUCGGAGGCGAUGAGUCAGCGAAUCAAGGUCGAGCGACUUCGGGAUUGACGGUAGGGGAGUUAAUAAGGAUUCAGAUGAGAAUUUCGGAACAGGUUGAUUCGAGAAUUAGAAGGGCGCUGUUGAGGAUCACUGCUGGACAGCUUGGAAGGCGGAUAGAGUCGAUGGUUCUGCCGCUCGAGCUGUUUCAACAGCUUAAGGCUUUGGACUUCCAAAAUAAUGAAGAACACAUGGCUUGGCAAAGGCGUUAUUUGAAGGUUCUUGAGAUAGGACUUCUAUUGCAUCCUCGCUUGCCAUUAGAAAAGGCAGACGACGCUCCGAAACGUUUUCGACAGAUUGUUCGUGGUGCUAUGGAGAAACCCAUUGAUGCAGGAAGAAACUUUGAAAUUAUCCAAGACCUUCGAAGUAUCGUGUUGUCUCUUGCUUGUAGAUCAUUUGGCGAGUCUGUUCCGGGCAUGUGCCAUUGGGCAGAUGGGUUCCCUUUGAAUCUCAGGCUCUACCAAACUCUUUUAGAAGCUUGUUUUGAUGCUAAUGAUGCAACUUCUAUCAUUGAAGAGGUUGAUGAGGUCUUGGAACAUGUUAAGAAAACUUGGGUUGUGCUUGGCAUGAACCAGAUGCUGCAUAAUCUUUGUUUCUCGUGGGUUUUAUUCAAUCGUUACGUUGCCACGGGGCAAGUGGGAAGUGACUUGCUAUCUGCAUCCAAAAGCCUGUUGGCCGAAGUUGAAGACGACGUCGAGUCCUACAAGGAUCCUAUUUACUCGAGAAUCCUGAGCACUACUCUUAGUUCGAUUUUGGUUUCAACGGAGAGAAAGCUUCUUGCAUACCGCAACGAUUUUCACAGUGACAACAUUGAGUGUAUGCAAAGCCUGGUCUCUAUUGCAGUAUUGUCAUCUGAGUUACUGCAAAAUAACCAACACGAUUGGAAGACGAUCGAAGUUGACGUGGCGUAUAACAAAGUCGAUAACUAUAUAAGAUCAUCACUUCGAACUGCUUUUUCCAAGAAAAUGGAGAAGGUUAAAUCAACCAUUAAAAACCUGAAAAAUCCACCUCAUGUUCUUUCUGUCCUUGCUCAAGAGGUGAGCGAACUGGCUUUCGAUGAGAAGGCAAUGUUUAGUCCAAUAUUCAAGGAAUGGCACCCUCAUGCGGCAGGAGUAGCCGUUUCAACGAUCCAUUCUUGUUACGGCAAGGAACUGAAGAAAUUCAUUUCGGGUAUUGAUGAACUGACGCCGAAUGCUAUUGAAGUGCUCAAUGCAGCUGAUAAAUUGGAGAAAGAUCUCGUGCAGAUUGCAGUCGGAGAUUCAGUAGACAGUGAAGAUGGUGGGAAGUCCAUAAUACGAGAGAUGCCUCCUUACGAAGCUGAAACGCUAAUUUCCGACCUCGUAAAGACGUGGAUCAGUACGAGAGUGGACAGACUAAAGGAAUGGAUUGGUAGAUUCCUUCAACAAGAGGUAUGGAAUCCACGUGCAAACAAAGAGCACGUCGCUCCUUCUGUCGUUGAAGUUUUACGAAUAGUCGAUGAAAGCUUUGAAGCUUUCUUUUUGUUGUCAAUUCCACAACACGCAUCAUUGCUUCCUGAUUUAAUGACUGGUCUUGACAAAUGUUUGCAACAGUACAUACUUAAGGCAAAAUCUGGCUGCGGAUCCAGAAGUACCUAUAUUCCUGCUCUGCCUGCUUUAACUAGAUGUUCGAAAGGAUCAAAGUUCGGCGUAUUCAAAAAGAAGGAAAAGUUGCAAGCGGGUCAGGGGAGGACCCAGUUCGGGAUCACGAAUGCCAAUAACUCCUUGUCAAUCCCCCAGCUAUGCGUUUGUAUUAAUUCGUUGCACCAUAUACGGACCGAGCUGGAAGUCCAAGAAAGAAGGGCAGUUGCUCGUCUUAAGAAUCUCGAGCCUCAGUACACAGAUGCUGUUAGGAACCUAGCUGGGAAAUGGUUUGAGCUUUCGGCAGCUCUGUGUGUGGAAGGGAUAAAGCAACUAAGUGAAGCAACUGCAUACAAAGUUGUAUUCCACGAUCUCAGUCAGUUUUUAUGGGAUGGCUUAUAUAUUGGGGAGGUUGUAUCUUCAAGGAUUGAGCCAUUCCUUCAGGAGCUUGAGCAAUACCUAGAAACCAUUUCAUCAACUGUUGUCCAUGACAGAGUCAGAACACGGGUGAUAACCGACAUGAUGAAAGCCUCUUUCGAUGGUUUCCUAUUAGUUCUACUUGCUGGAGGUCCAUCCCGUGCUUUUGUUAAGCAAGAUUCGGAAAUGAUCGAGGAAGACUUUAAGUUUCUAACAGAUCUCUUUUGGUCCAAUGGUGAUGGGCUUCCUGCUGAUUUGAUUAGUAAACAUUCAGGCAUUGUUAACGGAGUUAUCGAUCUGUUUCGUUCAGACUCCGAAAGUCUGAUCGAGCAGUUCAAAUAUGUGAUGGUGGAGUCGCAUGGUGUGCAAGCUAAAUCCAGGCUUCCUUUGCCUCCAACUUCUGGUCAUUGGGAACCAACCGAGCCGAAUACACUACUCCGUGUCUUGUGCUAUCGCAACGAUGAGAUAGCUGCAAAGUUCCUCAAGAAGACUUACAAUUUGCCCAAAAAACUAUAACCAACUUGCCAACCAUGCCUCACCCCGACCAUAUGAUAUAUUGUACAUAGUAGGAUGCUUCGUGCCAAUUGUGGCGACAAAUUACGACUCCGUGCAUCGAAAUUUAUGGUCUUCAGAGAGAGCAUUCUUGCACGAUACCGUCGUGUUCUCGUGGGAUAGUGCAGUUGUUCUUCGACUGGAUCUUAUAGGAUGGUUAUGUUGAAUCAAUCAGCUUUUGUCGCUUUCUCGCAUCUACGGUCACGGUUCGAGUAACACAGCCUCUUUUAUACAUAGUUAGGUACAAGGAAAACGUACGCAUCAUACAGAGGCUUCCUUUUACCAUCUGAUUAUGACAGAGACUUCUUUCAACAUACAAUACCACACUGUAAGGAAUCACAAACUACAGGUUUUUCUUCUUUUGACUGCUGUUAAUAAUCUGAUCUGAUGAUUUUCUUGACCUCUUCUUACCCUGUUUUUUUACUACUGAUUGGUGUGUAUGUUUUGUCUUAUGAGUUCUUAGUUAUUUAUUGAUUUAGCCUUGUAAUUUUGUAGAAGAAUGAGAAAGGCAGUUAUUGCAUUUUGGCCUCAA